CCCUGGGUCCUCGUGUCCUCGCUUACCGCGCCUGCGCUCUCCGCUCCCCACCUUUCCUCUUCAACCGAGGCCGCCGCCGCCGACUCUUCUAGCCGGAGCCAUGGAGUCCUCCGCUGUCACCCUGGUGCCUGUGUCCACUCUGCUGAUCAGCCUGCUGAGCGGCCUCCCAGCCAUUGCCACAACCUCGUCUGCUGCCGUCGACGUCCCCAGAGGCCAGCGCCUGUGCCGCAGCCAUGUCACUCCUGGCGACCCUGGGGCUGGAGCUGGACAGGACCCUGGUCCCAGCUAGCGGGCUGGGCUGGCUCGUAGACUAUGGCAAGCUCCCCCUGGCCCCUGCCCCCCUGGGCCCCUAUGAGGUCCUCGGGGGAGCCCUGGAGGGCGGGCUGCCAGGGGGAGGAGAGCCCCUGGCAGGUGACGGCUUCUCAGACUGGAUGACUGACCGAGUGGACGUCACGGCCCUCCUGCCUCUGGAGCCUGCCCUGCCCCCAGGCACCCUCCCCCCACCCUCCCCUGCCCCACCGGACCUGGAAGCCAUGGCCUCACUCCUCAAGAAGGAGCUGGAGCAGAUGGAAGACUUCUUCCUGGAGGCCCCGCUCCUCCCGCCCCCCUCCCCGCCGCCGCCCCCCUUUCCUCUCCCCCUCCCCAGCUUUGACCUCCCGCAGCCCCCGGCCCUGGACACCCUCGACUUGCUUGCCAUCUACUGCCGGGGAGAGGCUGGGCAGGGGGAUUCGGGCCUGGCACCCCUGGCCCCACCCCCACCUCCAUCCCAGCAACCCCCUCCUCCUCCUCCAUCCCUUCCUCCUCCUCCUCCUCCUCCAUCUCUACCCUCUCGCCUGGCCCCCUACCCCAAUCCUGCUGCCACCCGAGGGGACCGCAAGCAAAAGAAGAGAGACCAGAACAAGUCGGCAGCUUUGAGGUACCGCCAGAGGAAGCGGGCGGAGGGUGAGGCCUUGGAGGGCGAGUGUCAGGGGCUGGAAGCCAGGAACCGGGAGCUGAGGGAGCGGGCCGAGUCAGUGGAGCGGGAGAUCCAGUACGUCAAGGACCUGCUCAUCGAGGUGUACAAGGCCCGGAGCCAGAGGAGCCGUAGCUAGGCGGGCGGUCACUGCAGGGAUGGGGAGCUGGCCUCUGCCUCCAGCUUCUCCC